UGAGCAAUGCUAUUGGUGCUGCCGGGGCGAUUUGGGCUCAGCCAAAACUCAGGGAAGGGAGGCUGCGCCGGGCAGAUCUCGCGAGGCUCGAAGGAGCGCGCCGCGAACCAGGAGCGGGGCGGGCUGACUGGAGAACCCUGGCGGGAGGGGGCAUCAUGGCGGCCCAGGCCCUGGCGCUGCUAAGGGAGGUGUCGCGGCUGGAGGCGCCGCUGGAGGAGCUGCGCGCUCUGCAGUCGCUGCUACAGUCGGUGCCGCUCAGCGAGCUCCGCGAGCAAGCGGCGGAACUGCGCCUCGGCCCGCUUUUCUCCCUGCUCAACGAGAACCAUCGGGAACAGACUGCUUUGUGUGUAUCCAUCCUGGAGAGAUUGCUGCAAGCUCUGGAGCCAGUUCACGUGGCCCGGAACCUCAGGGCUGACCUGCAGAGGGGCCUGACUCACCCUAAUGAUUCUGUGAAAAUCCUCACUCUGUCCCAGGUUGGAAGGAUUGUUGAAAAUUCUGAUGCUGUUACUGAGAUUCUGAAUAACGCUGAAUUACUGAAACAAAUUGUUUAUUGUAUUGGUGGAGAGAAUCUGUCUGUAGCUAAAACGGCCAUUAAAUCCCUGUCAAGAAUAUCACUGACCCAAGCUGGACUGGAGGCUUUAUUUGAAAGUAAUCUGCUGGAUGAUUUGAAAAGUGUCAUGAAAACAAAUGACAUUGUUCGGUAUAGAGUGUAUGAGCUAAUUGUGGAGAUUUCUUCUGUGUCUCCAGAAUCUUUGAACUACUGUACCACCAGUGGGUUGGUCACCCAGCUCCUCCGAGAACUGACUGGUGAGGAUGUGCUGGUCAGAGCCACCUGUAUAGAAAUGGUGACAUCGCUGGCCUGUACUCAUCAUGGACGACAGUACCUUGCUCAAGAAGGAGUCAUUGAUCAGAUUUCUAAUAUAAUUGUUGGGGCAGAUGCAGAUCCUUUCUCUAGCUUCUAUUUGCCAGGGUUUGUGAAGUUCUUUGGAAACCUGGCUAUCAUGGAUAGUCCUCAACAGAUCUGUGAGCGUUAUCCUAUCUUUGUGGAAAAGGUCUUUGAAAUGACAGAAAGUCAAGACCCCACCAUGAUUGGUAUAGCAGUGGACACGAUUGGAAUUCUGGGAUCCAAUGUUGAAGGAAAACAAGUUUUACAGAAAACAGGAACUCGCUUUGAACGCUUGCUCAUGAGAAUAGGAUACCAAGCGAAGAAUGCCUCAGCAGAGCUCAAAAUCAGAUGUCUGGAUGCGUUGUCGUCUCUUUUUUAUUUACCGCCUGAGCAGCAGACUGAUGACCUCCUGAGGAUGACAGAGUCCUGGUUUUCUUCUUUAUCUCGGGACCCACUGGAGCUCUUCCGUGGCAUCAGUAAUCAGCCCUUUCCUGAGCUACACUGUGCCGCCUUAAAAGUGUUCACGGCUAUUGCAAACCAACCCUGGGCUCAGAAACUUAUGUUUAACAGUCCAGGUUUUGUAGAAUAUGUGAUGGAUCGGUCUGUAGAGCAUGACAAAGCUUCAAAGGAUGCUAAGUAUGAACUGGUGAAAGCACUUGCCAAUUCCAAGACAAUUGCAGAAAUCUUUGGGAACCCAAAUUAUUUGAGGCUCAGAACUUACCUGAGUGAAGGUCCGUACUACGUGAAACCUAUUUCCACAACAGCAGUGGAAGGAGCAGAAUGACUUCUUCCAGAGCCCAAACCGUUUAUUGACCAAAAUUUCUCCUAAGGCAUUUGACUCUGUAUUCUUCAACAGAGACUACCCCCGCCCCCACCAGAAUUAUCAUGGAGUGUGUAAUGUAAUUUUAUCACCAACAUUUGUUGUCUUUCCGCAUUGAAACUCAGUGUAAAACCAGGAAAGCAGGCAAACUUCGUCAUAGCUGAACCAGAUGUUUCUCAGAUUGCUUUUACUGCCUUAAUCUCUGCAAGAAGAUGGAAGUUCUGUUGUCCUCCCAAAGAAAUUUCAUGGACUUACUCUCUGUCUUAUUUUAAAAUCCACUUUAACUAAAAUGGAACCAAAUUGUUCAUGAAUUAUUUUCAUCCCUGCCCCCUCACCUUUUUUGGGGUUUUUUUUGGGGGGGAGGGAGGGGUCCUUUUCUCCCUUCUGAUUCUACUUUCAAAGUCUUGGAUAUUUAAUAUUCUUUGAAAAACAAGUAAUAUACAAUCUUAAAAUUAUGUUCCCUAUACUAAGAAUAAAUACUUUUAAUAAGAUGUCUUGAUUUUUUUGUUACUAUUAUUCCUUUGAAAAUCAGAAAAUAAAUCCUAUAAAAAUGUU